GACAUAACCGGAUGCUGUCGAGGCUAAAUGCAGUCUGCUAAACUGCAGUCUGGAAAAUACUAUUUGAUUCUUUGCAGCGGUCAAAAAAACGGAUCAGAGCUGCUGUGUGACUGAGAUUUUCAUUAGUCAGCCAAAGCAUGGCAGACCCGGCCCGUGUGAAAACUGAAGUGGUGUUCAGUGAGACGAGCACGUCUACUGACAGGCCCAAACAGAGCGAGGGCUCCAGUGAUGGCCCAGUUAAUGCCAGUACCACCUCUGAACCUACGGCAGUGCAGACCAGUAUAAAAGAGGAAGGCAAAGGGAGAUCAGCUGAAGAUACAGCUGCUGGUGAAGAAGAGGACGAGGCGUCAUCAUCUCUACAUCCUCCUCCUGCUACAAAACUAAAAGUGGAGCAUGAGAAGAAAAAGGAGAAACGACAAAAAGUUGAUGAAGAUGAAAUACAAAAGAUGCAAGUUUUAGUUUCAUCAUUCUCUGAAGAACAGCUGAACCGCUAUGAGAUGUACAGACGCUCUGCUUUCCCAAAGGCCGCCAUUAAAAGACUAAUUCAGUCCAUCACGGGAUCAUCCGUCUCUCAAAAUGUUGUCAUCGCCAUGUCAGGAAUCUCUAAGGUGUUUGCUGGGGAGAUUGUUGAGGAAGCUCUUGAUGUGUGUGAGAAGUGGGGAGAUACGCCACCUCUGCAGCCCAAACACAUGAGAGAAGCCGUGAGGAGACUGAAGAGCCGAGAGCAAACCCCCAACACUAAACACAAACACAUUCUCUUCCACUGAAAGUGGCCCCCUCUUAGAUCUUUCAUCCCUUUGGAAAACACUCGGCGGAUCAGCAAAGUUGUGGGGAAAAUUCAGACAACCCAUCUGGCCUAUUUGGAUCUCUCAUUAUGCCUACAGUCUCUACUCUGGAGCAAGCAACAGACUUAAAAUGAAUGGACUGACCACAUCUCCAUUUGUUUUUAUUUAAAAGUUUUGUAAUAUUAUUAUGAAUAUGAUAUCUUUUGAAUAAACUUCCAGUCAUACUGUAAUAGGCUGAAACACGUGAUCACUAAGGUGACGAGGUGGACAUUCAGUGGUUAAAAGUGACCAAUACAUGGUCUGUGUAUGAAAGCUAACAUGUUUGUACAUUUAUACUGAUGAUUUUAUUUCUGUUAAUGUACUGAAAUUGUACAAAUCUAUAAAUAUUUCCUCUAUAUCUUUCCAUGACAUGUUAUACUCGAUAACUUGACUGACAUCAUAAAAUAAAGGAAAACAAAGUU